AUGUCGGACGUUGAGGAGUUCUCUUUCUGCAUUCAUAUCAUACUUGGGAAAAAGCUGGGAAUGAAACCAGACGAGGCAAGAUCCAAUGUUAUAACACUUUCUGAUGUAGAAGGGUUGUGUGUAUCUUUUGCUAGAAAAAGUCGUUCUUCUGAUCCAGUCAUUGCCGAAAAGGAAUUUCUGAAAGAGGAACCAUAUACAGCUGAAGAAAUAGAAAAAAUAACUGGAGAGAAGCUUACAACUACAUUUAGCAGUUCUGCAUCCUCAUUGGAGGUGCUAAAGGCAGCCAAGAACUUCAAGUUGCAUCAGAGAGCUUGCCCAUGUUUACUCAGAAGCCAAGCGGAUACACGCUUUCAAGGAUGUUGUGGUGGCAAAUCUCAAGAAGGAUUCAUUCCAGUUCCAUGCGCACCUCAAAAAGCUUUGGAGUCUUCUUUUUCCUCACGCGAAGGUUAA